GUAUAUUUAUCACUCAGUUUGUUAAACUACAACCAAAUAAACCUAAUCAAGAAAAUGUUCAAGUUUCUGUUGUUCGGUACUCUUUUCGCUAUAUGUAGCGCUAGACCCGGACUAGUAGGCCAUGGAAUAAGUGCUAUCGCUUCACCUGCAUUAGCAGUGGCUCCAGCUAUUUCUGUUAACUCGGGAAUCAGUUCUCAAUCACGCAUCGACUACAGAACUCCAGUUGUAGCUUCCGUUGCAGUUCCCGCUGUUGCUACCUCUGUUGGUCUUCCAGCUGUCGCAUCUGCAUCUUAUGGAAUAGGAUAUGGAGGAGUAGUUUCUAGAGGUUAUGGAGGAUAUGGUAAUUACGGUAAUGGUUAUGGAUAUUGAGACGUGGCGUGUGUUAAUUUUAUGUAGCUAUUAAAUAAACAACUGCUAAAAAAUUGUUAAUGUAACGUUUUUUGCCUUUAUAUAAUAAUAGUUUAUCAUUAUCAUCAUAAAUGUUAAUAAAACUCUUCGUGAAUC